CGUUCAAAUUUCAAAACCCAAAAAUAAACCCAAACGGCCCCUUCUCUUCCCCUCUCUACUUUUUUCAUCUCUGUUAAAAAGCAAAGACUUGACCUAAAACAUUCCACCUUUCAUUUUGAGCUUUCCUUUAUUAUUCUCUACUCGACGAAAUGGAGAAUGAUUUUACGGUUAAAGGAAUCUCAAUGUGUGGAGGCAGAUACGUACAGUACAAUAUUCUAGGAAACCUUUUCCAAGUCUCUUCUAAGUACGUUCCUCCAAUUCAUCCCGUCGGUCGCGGCGCAUAUGGCAUCGUUUGUAGGGCAACAAAUUCUGAGACAAAAGAAUCGGUUGCCAUAAAAAAAAUUACGAAUGCAUUUGAUAACAGAAUUGAUGCUAAGAGAACUCUCCGCGAGAUCAAACUCCUCUGCCACAUGGAUCAUGACAAUAUUAUCAAGAUUAAGGACAUAAUUCCGCCAAUGGAUAAGGGAAAGUUCAAUGAUGUUUACAUUGUUUAUGAACUGAUGGAUACUGAUCUACAUCAGAUAAUUCGCUCUGGCCAGUCUUUAACAGAUGAUCACUGUCAGUAUUUUCUGUACCAACUGUUGCGGGGACUGAAGUACAUACACUCUGCAAAUGUAUUGCAUCGGGAUUUAAAGCCGAGCAACCUGCUUCUUGAUGCAAAUUGCGAUCUCAAAAUUUGUGACUUUGGGCUUGCAAGAACCACUUCAGAGACAGAUUUCAUGACAGAGUACGUAGUCACCCGAUGGUAUCGAGCCCCUGAAUUGCUGCUGAACUGUUCUGAGUAUACUGCAGCUAUUGAUAUUUGGUCUGUUGGUUGCAUUCUCAUGGAGAUUAUAAGGAGGGAGCCUCUCUUUCCUGGUAAAGACUAUGUUCAGCAGUUGACACUUAUAACUGAGCUGCUAGGUUCACCAGAUGAUUCAGAUCUCGGAUUCCUAAGAAGUGAUAAUGCUCGAAAGUAUGUCAAGCAGCUUCCACAUGUACCCAAGCAACCCUUUUCUCAGAAGUUUCCAAGCGUGUCUCCAUUGGCAAUUGAUCUUGCUGGGAAAAUGCUUGUUUUUGAUCCUGCCAAACGGAUAACUGUUGAGGAAGCAUUGAAUCAUCCAUAUCUAUCUAGUCUUCAUGAGAUCAAUGAGGAGCCCACUUGCCCGUAUCCUUUCAUCUUUGAUUUUGAGCAGACAAACUUGAAUGAAGAAGAUAUAAAGGAACUCAUAUUUAGGGAGUGCAUGAAGUUUAACCCUGAUAUGAUGCUUGAGUGAUCUGACACCUGUCAUUUGUUUCUGUUGUUUGUUACAUUAGAGUGAUUUAAAGGGUUGAUUAUGGUUUGUAAUCCUUUCAUAUGUAUAAUAUAUGUCAUGUGUAGAAAGUCAGUAUAACCUGAACAUAUUGGGAGAUGGGUUCUCCCUUGUAUUGAUAGGGUGGAAUUGCAGUGUGGAAUUAUAUAAAUAACUGGAUUAGAUCCUUUUAGGAAUCUGGUUCCCAUCUAGGGUCGGUAUACAUAAAACAAGGCUAUAUUCUCCUAGCCUAUGUUUUCGGCUUUGUUUGUAUAUUGUAUGUUCAAUUUUAUUAGAGGUGAAGAGAGAAUAAUACUAGAUAUAGAAAACAAAGGGCAACGUUGUGCUA